UUGUAACACUCUAUAAAAUAAAAAGGGAAAAAUUAAAAAAAACAAUAAAAAAAUAAAAAAAUAAAAACGAGAAAUGGCGUGCAUCAGUGGCAGCAGUAUACUAGUAUCAUUCGAUGCUCGUUUAUCGUCUUCAAGAACCAGAAGAUCAGGGAUUAUGGCGGCACCAGCAAUUUCUGUAAAAGCAGAGGCCUUGACUAUAGAGAAAUCUGGAAUCAAGAUCGUUAGGAACCUUCCCGAGUCCAAACUCACUGAACUAGGAGUUCGAGCUUGGCCUAAGUGGGGUUGCCCUCCAAGCAAAUUCCCAUGGACAUAUUCGGCCAAAGAGACAUGCUAUCUUCUGGAGGGUAAAGUUAAGGUACACCCUGAUGGAUCAGAUGAGGCCGUCGAAAUUGGUGCUGGUGACUUGGUUGUGUUCCCUAAAGGAAUGAGUUGCACUUGGGAUGUUUCUGUAGGAGUUGACAAGCACUACAAAUUCGAAUGAAUAAAAUAUAUUUGCUGGUUGUGUACCCUCCAUCCCUCUGUCUCUCUCGUAUGAAUUAGUAAAUCUUCAUAUACUGAUACUGAAACCAUUUGCUAGCUGUAUGAAUUUGAUAUUAAUCGGACCUGGCAAUUAGCUUACAAUUUUCUCUGCAAGCUUUGCUCUCCCCCUGUGUGUGCGCACGCUCAAUUGUGCUGCUAUUUUUAACUUCAUUAUGUUCAUUGCAAGAAAAUGAACACAUUUGGAUUCAGUUGCCUGAAUUCAAUUUCUGAUUGAUGGAAUCAGUUUUGGUUUUGUUGCUC